AUGCCUAAGUUUUUGAAGAUAUUUAAGAAAAAGAAAUCCAGGAUUCCGGCGUCUUUGCCUGAAAAGACGGCUGAGCCAGUCAAGCCGAUUGAGAAUGUCAAAAAAGUCGAGGAAUCUUCUCAUUCGAAGGUACAGCCGGAACAGACGGCUGAAACAGUCAAGCCAGCCGAGAAUAUCGCGAAUGUCAAGAAAGUCGAAGAACCUUCUAACUCGGAGGGAGGCACAGAACAGACGGGUGCCAUUAUCGAGAAAUCCAAGAACGCUGCAUUUCAAGAAGCAUGGAAGCAGCAUUGGAACGAUCUCAGCGAGAACGAAAGAAAAGCAUGGAGUUUUCAGGACGUUCGAUCUUCAUUACAGGUCCAUCAGGCCAUAGAGGACAUCGACAAAUUACACCGGGAACAAUCCGUCGCCAGAAGAAUUGCAGAUCGGACGCUUUCAUUUUUGCAAGUUGUCGAAUCACUGAUGGCCGGUGCGACAAUUGGAAUCCAAGCCUAUCCCGAAGUCAGCUCCAUAGUUUUUGGAGUGAUACGACUUGUCAUCGAUGAUAAGGCAGCAGUCAAGUAUUUUGAAUACUAUGAAAAGCUGACGAAGAUGAUGGAGGAUAUUGCAGAUCUGCUUAAAGCGCUGCGUGCUUUUGCUGAGAUCAAGUUCUGGUUUCAAUGUAUACAAAUAUACUCUCCUUCUGCAGACAUGCGCGCCGAGCUUACCUUGAUCAAGAUAAGGGGAAAAGAAGCAGAUGCGAAUGCUCUUGCUGUUUUUGCAAGAGUCCAGUGGGCUCCGUUCGAAGCGCAAUUUGGCAAGAUACAGUCUAAUUUAAAACGCCAAACCGAAAAUUUGAAUAUCGUUUCCAACGCGAUAAUUAUAAAGUCAACUUCAGCACUUGAGGAGAACAUGUUGAAAAGAGAUUCAUUAAACGCUCGAAAAGAAAGGCAAGAGUUCCUCGAAUGGCUCUCCAUGGACAACAUUGUGCAAAUCCAUGAUGUGAUGAGCAAUAAAAGAUAUAAGGACACUGGAUCAUGGCUCCUUGAAACAGAGGCUUUCAAUAAUUGGAUUAAGAGCCGGUCUUCGAACAUCUUUUGGUUAUUCGGCCCUGCUAAGCUGGAACUGGCAAAUCCAUACUUUCGGGAAGAGACAAACAGACAGUUGAUGCCGGUGCAGAUGAUGUCCAAUCUUGUGAAACAGCUAUGUUGGGAACUCAAAGAACUUCCUGACUCAGUAAUUAAGCUCUAUCGCGAGUUCGCGACGAAUGCACGACACUUUACGUUUGACGACCUCAGGUAUUUGUUUCUCCAAUGCAGUAUGCUUUUUAGACGCGUGUUCGUUGUCCUUGAUGGCUUAGAUGAAUGCGACGAGAAAUUUCGAAAGCCGAUUCUAAAGUUCUGUUGUGAAAUCGAUGAUCAAGUCCAUAAUGUGAAAAUAUUUCUUGCGAGCCGAGAAGAAAUUGAUAUAUCAAGCAAAAUUCGUCGUCUUGAUGCGUUUUGGCUGGGCUCCAAAAACAACUCAGCACAAAAAGAUAUUGAAAGAUUUGUUAAAUACCGCGUGGCAACGGAGCUUGGGCAUAUCAAUCCGAAACUUCGAGAAGAGGUCACAAAGACAUUGAUUGAGAACUCUAAUGGAAUGUAUUUAUGGGUCGAUCUCCAACUAAAUGAUCUACUACUAGUCGCCGAGCCCGAUAUUAGGACACAACUGAAAAUGCUGCCAACUGAUUUAGAAAAUACGUAUCUAUCGAUGUUUCGCAGAAUGAUCACUUCCUACCCACAAACGACGAAGUCUCUCAUACAGAUGUGUUUCCUUUGGGGACUUUACACAAAGGAAACUAUCGACAAUGAAACCCUUGUUGACGCAGUAUCUCUGAAAUACAAAAUGGCUGGGGAAGACAAAAAUCCCUACGACGGUUUCAUGCUUAACAAAUUAACCAAUGGUCUUCUUCAACUCAACCGUUUUGGCAUGGACGAUGUCAGGCCUAUUCACUUCUCUCUGAAAGAAUUUGCAACGAAUCCAAGAACAGAACAUCCACCUGAAUUACAUGAGGUGCUUUUAAAUAACGACGCAGCAAAUGCCAAAAUGGCUAUCAUGUGUCUGCAACAUCUUCUCGCUGAGGUGGAACCAUUGGACAUGAUUUGGGGCACGUGUCUUGGUUACUGUGGUCGACACUUUGACAGCCAUAUUCAAAGUAUCACAACGGUACCGGAGGAGCUCUGGAAUAUGCUUGAUUACAUAUUCAUAAAAGAGCCGGCUAAAAUGAAGCGAAUUCUGAGUUUCAGAUACCCUUCGCAUGUCAUUAAUUUUCCCAAUUGGACGUGCUUAGGGGAUCCGGUUCUCGAUCCCACAAUGUUCAUGCGAUUAACCAGUCUUCAUAAGAUGCCAUCCAUCUGGUCUCGAUAUAAGGAUGCCGAUGAAACGAAGAGGGACUAUUCAAAAGACUACAUAUAUCUAGCCGCGGCCGUCGGUCUCGAAGAAAUUCUCAGAAACAUCAUCGCGCAAGGCGUUAAUGUAAAUAAAGCAACACGUGAUGGACUCACAGCUCUGCAAUUGGCUUUGGAUCUUGGAUCUGAGGACCCUCGCGAUAGUCUCUCCUGUGCGGAGAUCCUCCUUGAUGCUGGUGCAGACUGGAACUUUGUUAACAAAAUGUCAAGCAAGAUUUACACGAACUUGACAGACGCAGAAGACCAUACUCCGUUGAAUUAUGCGAUCUUCGCCGGACGCCAUUUGGCAGUUCAGCUUGUCAUCGGGCAUAAAACAUUCAAUUUUGCGAAUUACAUGAAAACUAUACCUAAAAAGAGACAUGAAGAAUACAUCAAGUACCUGGUCGAGCAAGCUGGUGUGGACAUUAACCAACGGGAUGAAUAUGGUGAUACUGCACUUACAGUAGCGAAAGAGGACGGACGCGAAGAUUGUGUGAAGAUCUUGGAGGAUUUAGGGGCAGUGGAAUGA